AUGUUUCGCUGGUACCAGUCUAAAUUGGCCAAGUCGCCCAUCUUGACUGCCAGUUUAUCAAGUGCAGUAUUGUUUGGCACCGGUGACGUCCUAGCCCAGCAGGCUGUCGAUCGCCGAGGUCUACAGAAGCACGACUUUGCCCGCACUGGCCGAAUGGCUCUCUACGGUGGAGCUGUCUUCGGUCCUGCCGCCACUGCUUGGUAUGGCAUCCUUCAUCGCCAUAUCAACCUCAGAAAUACCUUAUCCACCACCAUUGCUCGUGUCACAGCUGAUCAGGUUGUGUUUGCGCCUAUACAAAUGAGCUUCUUCCUUUUCUCAAUGGCUGUUAUGGAAGGGUCUGACCCAGUGGAGAAGUGGCGCAAUUCGUUCGUGCCUGGCUACAAGGCCAACUUGAUAGUUUGGCCAGUUGUCCAAGGUUUUAACUUUGCAUUCGUUCCCUUGGAGCUGCGGGUUUUAGUUGUCAAUCUUGUCAGCUUGGGUAAGGACCUUCUAGCUCUUAUAUCCACGAAGUACCGUUCUAACAAUUCAUCACUAUCCAGGCUGGAACUGCUUCCUGAGUUUGGUAAGCAGUGCGCCCUUCCGAAAAUCUCUCCCUCCGCACUUCCCUUCGAACACCCCCCACCCUAUCUCCUCACACCACCCAUCAUGGCUGAUGUCGUAGAGAAUGGCGCCCCCGUGGCCGACGAGAACAAGCCCACCAACGAUCUUGUCACCGUUUUCCACGAUCCCGAAAACUUCAACGUCAAGCACCCUUUGAUGCAUGACUGGACCUUGUGGUUCACCAAACCACCCAGUGGCCGAGGCGACAACUGGAACGAUCUGCUGAAGGAAGUUGUCACAUUCAACUCCGUAGAAGAAUUCUGGGGCAUCUACAACAACAUUGCACCCACCUCGGAGCUCGGUCUCAAGGCCGAUUAUCACCUCUUCAAGAAGGGCGUGCGCCCUGAAUGGGAGGACCCGCAGAACAAGCAUGGUGGCAAGUGGUCGUACCAAUUCAAAGACAAGCGUUCCGUUCCCAUCGAUGAUCUCUGGCUGCACGCACAACUCUCCGCGAUCGGCGAGACUCUCGAGGCUGACGGAGAUAACGAGGUCAUGGGUGUUGUUGUUAACGUUCGCAAGGGUUUCUACCGUGUUGGUCUCUGGACUCGCACCGUGGGCAAGGCUAUCCCCGGUGACAAAUCUACCCGUACACCAGCACAGGGCAAGGAAUCGCUCGAGUCGAUUGGCCGCCGGUUCAAGGAGGUUUUGCGACUCAACGAUGCUGACGUUGUCGAGUUCUCUGGUCACACUGACAGUGCACACAGUGGCAGCACCCGUGCUAAGGCCAAGUACACUGUUUAA